GACGCGGGCAAGCAGGUCUAUCUCGGCGGUUUCGAUAGCGAGGAACAAGCGGCCAUCGCGUACGACGUAAUCGCUGUCAAAUGUCGAGGCAUGAAAGCACAAACCAAUUUCGAUCUUCGUAAUUAUGCGAAUGAGUUGAACGCGCUGGAGAGUAUUUCGAAGGAAGACUUAGUGUUGAGUCUGCGGCGUCAGAGCAAAGGAUUUUCAAAAGGUUCGUCGAAGUUCAGGGGCGUGACUAAACACGCCAAGGGGAAAUUUGAGGCGAGAAUUGGCCAGAUGAUAGGCAAGAAGUACAGAUAUUUGGGACUUUAUGAUACCGAAGUAGAGGCGGCGGUGGCGUACGACGUGGCGUGUGUGGCAGAUCGCGGUUUGAGCGCCGUGACGAAUUUUGACAUCUCAUCGUAUUCUGAA